AGUUUCUUUUCUAUAUAUAAGCUUAUUCAAGUAUGGCAAUAAACUGGUUGCUACUUGUUAGUCGACAAGGAAAAGUUCGUCUUACAAAGUGGUUCGUCACUAUUCCACCUAAAGAGAAAGCAAAGAUUGUCAAAGAUGCAACACAGUUAGUGUUGGCAAGAAGAGUCAAGAUGUGCAAUUUCUUGGAAUACAAAGAUCAAAAGAUAGUAUAUAGAAGGUACGCAAGUUUAUUCUUUGUAGCAGGUAUCAAUCAAGACGACAAUGAACUCAUUACACUUGAAAUUAUCCAUCGUUAUGUGGAGAUUCUCGAUCGUUACUUUGGAAAUGUAUGCGAACUUGAUUUGAUCUUUAACUUUCAAAAGGCAUAUUUCAUCCUAGACGAGCUUUUGAUUGCAGGCGAACUUCAGGAAACAAGUAAAAAAUCAGUGCUAAGAGUCAUUACACAAGAGGAUCAGUUUGAAGAACAAGAAGGAAAUGAGCCUAAAGCCUCAUAAUAGUGAAUGUUUGUAUAUCUUGGACAAAUAAAACCCAAUCAUGCUGUACUCUCAAGACGAUAGCUACAGAAUCUAAGAAAUAUAUACAUAUAUCUAAGGAUUUUACCCGAGAUGCAGUGAUUUUUUGCACGUAACCAGUAUCGAUUAGACUGUUUUUAGUAGGCAUGGUAGCUUUAACGAUAACAGUAUUGAUGACAAAGAAAUUGUUAGAGGAGCUCGACGUAACUAUCUUCUCUUCUUUAUUUUUUGGAAGAACAAUU